UUGCAGUUUGACCUUCGAGCCCGCGCAGUGGAAAUAAAGCAGGUGGACCGUUCGGUCGGCACGCAAGCUGCGCUACGCCAGUCGACCAGUGAGAAACAAGCGAAGUUUGCAGAGGAAUUUACACGGCUGAUGCGAACUACCGACCACCGACGCAGACAACUGGAGAAUCUGUGGGCUGGCACAGCAUUUCGUCUGGCGCAUGAUGACCAUCUGAAAAUUUAUGAACGAGUUGAGGCCAUCAAUGCAACGCUCAGUAAUGCGCGCAAGCAGCUGGAGAAGCUCUGGGAGGACGACAAGACCGAAUGGAUCCGCCUGGAAAAUCUUGAACACACCAUGCUGGAUGCCGAUUUCGAGCCGGAAGACAAGGCAAGCGAGGAGGAGUUUGAGUAUACCCUGCAGGAACCUCAACUCCAGGUACGUUUUUGCCUCUGUCAUGCAUUUUCUUGGAGGUUAAACGAUGGUUAUGGAAAGCGUCACUGGUAG